AUGCGUGAGUUUGAGCAAGGAUUUAGUGUUUCCAUCGAACGUCAGGCUGCCGAGCGGCGCAAUCUUUUGCUUCAAAAGUCCGAUGUUGGACGUGCCAAGGCCCCCGUGUCGGGCGAGAAAAUUCUGGGUAUCGUUCAUGGCAAGACGCAAAAGAAAGACUCCAGCGCCGCCGAGAUCAUGGCAGGCUGGGCAGAGACCGCAGAGUCACCUUCCUCCACCAAGCGCGCGGGCAAGGCCGACGUUGGGCGGGCUCGUGUUCCGAUUUCUUCUAGUCCAGACGUCGACAAGCGCGUGCACGGCGCCCCUUCAAAGAAGCGCAGCGAAGAUGGAGGCAGCCUCCUCAAGUGGAACAUGUCCAACUCUGCCACUACUUCGCAAGCCUCGAGCCGCAAUCCUCUUUUGCAACGCGCCGAGCUUGGUCGCCCUCGUCCGCCACAAGAAAAAGACAUUUUGAACCGUGUGCACGGCAAGCCCAGCGAGGAUCCCAAGAAGCGCGGUGGUGUUUCUGCUGCCUUUUCGGGUUGGGACGAUCAAUCUUCUGGCUCUCCCUCUCGCCGAUCAGUGCAACUGGGAGCUGUGGGCCAACCCCGCCCACCCAUUGCCCAGGGUGUAGAUUCAAUUGUGCAUGGCCGCCGCACCUUUGCAAAAGAAGGUGGUGCCCGUGACGCUCUCUCAAACUACAAGCCCAGCACGCCUGUAUCACAUCGCCGCCCUGCACAUGAUGUUCCCAAGGACAUGUGCUUUGGCAAGCCCUCCCCGGCUCCGGAGCCCGUGGCCUCACUCCUUACCAGCACCUAUGCUGACCAGUGGGUCCGGGACCAGCUGAACAAGCAACAAAAGGCGCACUAA